UCCUGGUAUUGUCAGUCUUUGCCGAAGAUCAGCCCCCCUAGCGGAGCAGGCCGAGGCCUUGACACCUGCCGGGAACGAUGUGGCUGCAACAGCUGCAGGAGGCUUGGAGUUGCCCCCUCCUCGCCAUCUUCGGAGGAAUUCUGGGGAUAGUAGGCCCUGAGCUGGAGCUUGCAGGACCGGCGAUCACUCUUGGAUUCCAGCAGCGUUGUCUACAUCUCCACUCCAAGUUCGCAGACCUUGUGACCGUGUGAGCAAAGCCACCCUCGCAACCCAUGUGCAUCAUCUUCUUUAAGUUUGAUCCUCGUCCUGUUUCCAAAAAUGCAUACAGGCUCAUUUUGGCAGCCAACAGAGACGAAUCCUACCACAGGCCGUCCAAGUUGGCAGACUUCUGGGGGAACAACAGCGAGAUCCUCAGUGGGCUCGACAUGGAGGAAGGCAAGGCAGGAGGAACAUGGCUGGGCAUCAGCACACGUGGGAAGCUGGGGGCGCUCACCAACUACCUACAACCCCGGCAAGAGCCAGAUGCCCGUGGUAGAGGUGAACUUGUGUCUCACUUUCUGACCAGCGACAUGGACAGCCUGACCUACCUGAAGAAGGUCUCUACAGAGGGCCACCUGUACAACGGCUUUAACCUCAUAGCAGCUGACCUGAGCACAGCAAAAGGAGAUGUUGUUUGCUACUAUGGAAACCGGGGGGAGCCUGAGCCUAUUGUCUUGACACCAGGAACCUAUGGGCUAAGCAAUGCCCUGUUGGAGACACCCUGGAAGAAGCUGUGCUUUGGCAAACAACUCUUCAUGGAAGUGGUGGAGCAGAGUGAGGCACUCCCUAAGGACGCCCUUGUCACCCAGCUCCUAGAUGUCCUCAACAAUGAGGAGGCACAGCUGCCAGACCCAGCCAUUGAGGACCAGGGCCAGGAGUAUGUACAGCCGAUGCUGAGCAAGUAUGCAGCUGUGUUUGUCCGCUGUGCCACCUAUGGCACCAGAACCAACACCAUCAUCCUUGUGGAUGCAGAUGGCCAUGUGACCUUCACAGAACGAAGCAUGCUGGACAAAGACACAUCCCGCUGGGAGACCAACACCUACGAGUUCACACUACAGAGUUAGCCCUUGCCAGGUUCCUAGGAUGCUGUACCUCAAGAGCCAGCAUAGAUGGGAACCCUUCAUGGCCACCCUGCAUGUCUGUGGCUCAGCCAGCAUCCCUAGGACCAGGUCGUUCUAAUCUGUGUCCUCAUACUCAGCUCAGGGUUUCUCUUUGUACCAAUGGAGAAUGACAGAGUUAAAUACUAGGUCUGAGUCAGGCCUAGGUAUGUCAUAUGUGAACACACAGACCUAUUGCUCAACCCCACCACCACUGUGUACACACAUAUACGCACCUGACUGAUGAGCAGGAUUAUGCCUCUCACCUCACAUGUUUGGCCAGUGUGUCUGUUCCCUGGACAGGUAACAAAAGCAGACUUUUUAUAGAAACUGGAGAUCCUGUAUUUGUUUGUGUUCCUGUGUGUUCAGUGGUUGUGCAUACACAAGGACCCAGUGUGCAUUUGCAUUACUCAGUCCUGUAGUAUGGACCCUGUGAUCUCUUAGACCCCUGCUUGCCCAGGGUUGUGGGUUCUGAACAAGAACAUCUCAACAAGUGGCUUAACCAACCCCUGCCAUCUCCCAUUGCCCUUGUUAUAAGCUGUACACCAUAGGAGUGUGAACUUGAGUGUGCACAGUUGAUAAUAAAACUUUGAGGUUGUAA